CAGCAACAGUGAAAUAACAACCACUUCUUCAAUUGCACUUGGGAAAAUUGAAAUCGUGCUGAAGUACGUCGCAUAUCUCGACCGUUGAGCCGAGAAAGACUCCACAAAUGGCGUCCGAACCUCCGCAACCUUCGGCCGGCCCGCCGCGCAAGGUUGACGUCUUUACCGGGGACGUCAUCCAUCACGACACGUACCCCGAGAUUAACCCAGUUACGGCCUCCGACUGCACUGGGAAAGCAGUCCUCGUCACCGGAGCAAGCAAAGGACUCGGAAAGGCACUAGCAAUUGGGUACGCCGAGGCAGGCGCAUCACUCAUUGCUGUCGCCGCUCGCUCAGAUAUCUCAUCUACCGUCGCCUCCAUCAUCGAGGCUGCAAAGACCGCCGGACGAAAUGAGCCAACAGUGUUGGCCCUCGAAAUGGAUGUGAGCAGUACGCCGAACGUGAAGGCGGCCGCGGAGCGAUUGACGACUGAGUGGGGACGCCUAGAUAUUCUAGUCAACAACGCGGGCUACAUGGCUCCCUUUAACUUGCUGCUAGAUACCGACGAUGAUGAGUACAUGAAGGCAUGGGAUGUGAACUACUGGGGCACGUAUCGUGUGACCAAGGCGUUCCUGCCUUUGAUGCUCAAGGGUGGCGACAAGACGAUUGUCAACAUGUCGUCGGUGGCGGCUCACUUCAUGGGUGCCGGAGGGGGGGCUUAUCACAUUUCCAAAUUUGCGCUGAUAAGGUUCACCGAGUUUGUCCAGGAUGAGUAUGGUGACCAGGGCGUUCUAGCGUUUUCCAUCCAUCCUGGGGGCAUACCAACCGAGUUGUCUUCGAAUUUGCCAGAGAAGUUACAAUUUCGAAUGCGAGACACUCCAGAACUCGCAGCUCAUUCCAUCCCAUAUCUCACUAGUGUUAAGAGGGACUGGCUUGGAGGUAGGUGGCUUAGCUGUAUGUGGGAUAUGCCAACGCUCGUGGGUAUGGAGAAGAAGAUAGUGGAAGGCAAUCUUCUCAAAUUUGAGUGUGCUGGUCUUUGAUUUCCUCGCUCAAAAUUGAUUCAUAGUGGACCUUGAGCCCGUUACAUUAUCUUGUGACCGCGGCACCUGUAGACAAAUGGAAGAUCAUACAUACAUUGGUACUUCACGUCGUGCCUUUGAAGUGGUCCAGGUCAUGAGGUCGUGGCAAUAGAAUCCAUUGCUUGAGAAAA